AUGCACAAAAUCCACUACAAAUGUGCAGAAGCUCUCGACAGUGCAUCGACGGUGUUGCAAUCCGUCUGCCACAUGAGCGGAAUUUGGGAGCGGAUAGUGUGGUUGGUGAAGGAAAGCAUGAAAGCGUUGGACAACGGACGAACCCUCACGGAUGAAAUGUUGCUGACGGUCCUAGCGGAGACGGAGGCUGUAAUGAUAGGUUUACAGGUUUCUACUCGCUUUGACAACUUCAUGGGCAAUCUACAUACAGGUAAAGUCACAGAGAAAGAAAUUCGACAAUGGCACAAAGGAUUCCUGAAAGACUGUCCCAACGGACUGCUGACAGAGCAGGGUUUCAUCAAAAUCUACAAGCAGUUCUUCCCGCAAGGUGAUCCGAGCAAGUUUGCCUCGCUGGUGUUUCGAGUUUUCGACGAAAACAAUGACGGGUCUAUCGAGUUCGAAGAAUUCAUCAGAGCGCUUUCCAUCACCUCGCGGGGAAAUUUGGAUGAAAAACUACAUUGGGCGUUCCGACUAUACGACGUUGACAAUGAUGGUUUCAUAACGAGGGACGAAAUGUACAACAUCGUCGAUGCCAUCUAUCAGAUGGUGGGUCAACAACCGCAGACCGAGGAUGAGAACACACCUCAAAAACGGGUAGAUAAAAUUUUCGAUCAGAUGGACAAGAACCACGACGACCGGCUCACACUGGAGGAGUUCCGCGAGGGUAGCAAGGCGGAUCCCCGUAUCGUUCAGGCGCUUAGUUUAGGGGGCGAUUAA